GGGAAACCUCUGCCUCUGAUCAAGGUAUAUAAAGCUGGGUAUCCUCUUUGGACGUGAAGCUGAAGCACCCUCGUCGCGGUCUUCCCAGUAGACAUCUGCGUCGUUGUCCGGCUUCAUAUCUGCUACUCCUUGCUCUCCGCUGCUCGAUCGGGACCAACGCAACGUGGCCUCUCAUCUUGAACGAACGUAAUGCCUAAGUCGACGGAAUCCAUGGCCAAGCCAUCUGGAGUAGACGAGGAACGGAGGGAGCAGGCACCGCUUCCCCUGGAUGCGGACGCUGAGUUCGGGGGAACCGAGGCGAGGAAAAAACUCGAGAAGAAGUUGCUGAGGAAGCUCGAUUUACGAAUGUCUAUCUUGAUUGUCAUCUACAUCUUGAAUUAUAUUGACAGAAAUAAUGCCUCUGCUGCACGUCUGCGGGGUUUCGAGACCGAUCUCAAAUUGAAGGGCGAAGAAUUUAAUACCCUCUUGAGUAUCCUCUACGUUGGCUAUAUUCUUAUGCAGAUCCCAUCUAAUAUGUUUCUGAACUACAUUGGGAGGCCAUCAUUAUACCUACCUAUUUGCAUGAUGAUCUGGGGCACAAUAUCGAUCCUCACUGGCAUCACUACCAGUUUCACUGGUGCCCUGCUCACUCGCUUCUUCCUUGGCUUCGUUGAAGCGGCGUUUUUCCCUGGCUCCCUCUUUCUGCUUUCGAAGUGGUACAAGCGGUCAGAGCUCGGACUCCGCACCGCGCUGCUAUCUUGCGGUAGCUUGAUCAGCAACGCAUUCGGCACUCUCAUCGCCUCUGGUAUUCUCAAUGGUAUGGAGGGCAAGCUCGGCAGAGCUGCCUGGAGGUGGCUCUUCUACAUCGAAGGUUCACUCACCGUCCUCGUCGCUAUCAUCGCGAUCUUUGUUCUACCCGACUUCCCCGACUCUUCACACUUUCUUUCGGAGCAAGAAACCCGCCUUGCCAUUUUGCGCAUGGAGGAAGACGUUGGUGUGGUAGAUGCCGAGGGUUCGGGGAAAAAGCCUCAAACGGCCGGACUCGUUCUCGCACUGACGGACUGGAAGGUAUAUUGGCUCGCGAUUGCUCUGACGAGCAUGGUCAUCUCGAUCUCGUUCAACGCCUUUUUCCCGACGUUGACCGCAACGCUCGGAUACGACUCCACGAUCACACUGCUGCUGUGCGCCCCGCCGUGGGCGUUUGCGACGAUCGUCGCAUUCGCGGUGAACCGACACUCGGACAAAGUUGGUGAACGGUUCUUCCAUAUUGCCGUCCCACUCUUCGUUGGUAUCAUCGGCUUCAUCAUCGCCGUGUCCACGAUGAACACUGCGGCCCGCUACAUCUCUCUAUUCCUCAUGGCCCAGUCAUACGCGGGCUUCAUCUGCUUCCUCGCAUGGGUGUCGAACACCAUCGCGCGGCCGCAUGCGAAGCGGGCCGUCGCACUCGCAUUCAUCAACGCGUUCUCGCAGCUAGGCAACAUCGCGGGCUCGUACGUGUGGCCCAAGAUGUGGGGGCCGACCUACGCGCACUCGUACGCAAUCUGCAUCUCGACGAACGGGCUCUGCAUCGUGAUGUGCUUCGUGUUUCGCCAGGCGCUCGCGCGCAAGAACGCCGCACUCGCCCAGGCGGAGGAGGCGGAGGGCAGGAAAAAAGGGUUCCGGUAUCUGCUGUGA